UCUCUCUCUCUCUCUCUGUCUCAGUCUCAAAGCUCUACUCAUAUAUACAAAAGAUUGAAUACAACAUAACCAAGCUCCUUUCUCUCUCUCUCAGAGGGUUCUUCAAUGGCUUCUGCUUUCGACAGAUACAGUUUCCUUCUUUCUCUCAGCUUCACUCUCUUCAUUGUUUGUUCAGCAUUGACUGAAGCUGAUAUACUUCUGUCUUUCAAGACUUCCAUUGAAGACCCGAAGGAUUCUCUUUCAAGCUGGUCCAGCAGCUCAAAUCUCCAUUACUGUAACUGGACUGGAGUUUCAUGUGCUACCCCAUCUUCUCUUACUGUAACUUCUCUCAAUCUUCCAAGUCUCAAUCUUUCUGGUGAAAUCUCUUCUACGUUAUGUGAACUGACCAAUUUGACACUGUUGAAUCUUUCUGAUAAUCUUUUUAACCAGCCUAUUCCUCUACACUUGUCUCAGUGUAGUUCUUUGGUGACUUUGAAUCUCAGUAAUAAUCUCAUUUGGGGUACUAUCCCAGAUCAGAUUUCGCAGUUUGAGUCUUUGAGAGUUCUUGAUUUUAGCAGGAAUCAUAUAGAGGGAAAAAUCCCAGAAAGCAUUGGCUCGUUGGUGAAGCUGCAAGUUCUCAACUUGGGAAGCAACUUGCUUUCAGGUAGUGUUCCUUCUGUUUUUGGGAAUUUCACAGAGCUUCUUGUUCUUGAUUUGUCACAAAAUGCAUAUCUGGUGGGUGAGAUUCCUGCUGAUAUCGGCAAGCUCAAGAAGCUUGAGAAACUGUUUCUGCAAAGCUCUGGUUUUCGUGGUCAAAUUCCUGAUUCUUUUUUGGGUUUACAAAGUUUAAAUAUUCUGGACUUGUCUCAGAACAAUCUAAGUGGAGUGAUUCCUCCAACACUGGGGGCUUCUCUCAAGAGCCUAGUGUCUUUCGAUAUCUCACAAAACAAGCUUUCAGGGCCUUUUCCAGACGGCAUAUGCGGUGCACAAGGGCUCAGAAACCUUGGCCUCCAUGCUAAUUUCUUCAAAGGUCCAAUACCCAGCUCAAUCAAUGAAUGCUUGAACCUCGAGAGGUUUCAAGUUCAAAACAAUGAGUUUUCUGGUGAUUUCCCAGAUGGGUUAUGGUCAUUGAGCAAAAUAAAGCUCAUUAGAGCUGAAAACAACAGAUUUUCUGGUAAAAUACCAGAUUCAAUAUCAAUGGCAGCUCAAUUAGAGCAAGUUCAGAUUGACAACAACAGCUUCACUAGUAAAAUUCCCAAGGGUCUUGGUUUGGUUAAGAGCUUAUACAGAUUCUCUGCAUCACUUAAUGGUUUCUAUGGUGAAUUGCCUCCUAAUUUUUGUGAUUCUCCAGUUAUGAGUAUUAUAAAUCUCUCCCAUAAUUCCCUUUCUGGUCAAAUUCCUGAACUGAAAAAAUGCAGGAAACUGGUUUCAUUGUCUUUGGCAGACAAUAGUCUUACUGGAGAAAUCCCACCAUCCCUUGCUGAUUUGCCAGUGUUAACUUAUCUUGAUCUUUCUGAUAACAAUCUCACCGGUUCAAUCCCUCAAGGGCUUCAAAAUUUGAAGCUUGCCCUCUUCAAUGUAUCUUUUAACAAACUUUCUGGCAGAGUCCCUUCUGCUCUAAUCUCGGGUCUCCCUGCUUCAUUCUUGGAAGGAAAUCCUGACCUUUGUGGCCCGGGAUUGCCUAAUUCGUGCUCGGAUGAGCUGCCUAGACACCGCAGUUCAGUUGGCCUCAGUGCAAUGGCAUGUGCUCUAAUCUCUAUAGCUGUUGGAAUUGGCAUUUUGCUUGUUGCUGCUGGUUUCUUCGUUUUCCAUCGAUCCUCGAAGUGGAAAUCGCAAAUGGGUGGCUGGAACUCGGUGUUUUUCUAUCCUCUUAGAGUAACUGAGCAUGAUCUUGUUAUGGCAAUGGAUGAGAAAACUGCUGCAGGAAGUAGUGGAGCUUUUGGCAGAGUAUAUAUUAUAAGUUUACCAAGUGGAGAACUUGUUGCUGUAAAGAAGCUAGUCAAUAUUGGGAACCAAACUUCAAAAGCACUGAAGGCUGAGGUCAAGACAUUAGCCAAGAUCAGACAUAAGAACAUCAUUAAAGUUCUUGGAUUUUGCCAUUCAGACGAAUCAAUCUUUCUAAUUUAUGAAUACUUGCAAAAGGGAAGCUUAGGGGAUUUAAUUGGAGAACCGGAUUGUCAGUUGCAAUGGAAUGUUAGACUGAGGAUUGCCAUUGGAGUUGCUCAAGGAUUAGCAUACCUUCACAAGGAUUAUGUUCCACAUUUACUUCACAGAAAUGUCAAGUCGAAAAAUAUUCUUCUUGAUGCAGAGUUUGAACCAAAGCUCACUGAUUUUGCUCUUGAUCGACUCGUUGGCGAAGCUGCAUUCCGAUCAACCAUUGCUUCAGAAUCUGCAGAUUCUUGUUACAAUGCUCCUGAACUUGGAUACAGCAAGAAAGCAACAGAGCAAAUGGAUGUUUACAGCUUUGGUGUUGUGCUACUGGAACUCGUAACCGGGCGUCAAGUCGAGCAGGCUGAACCGGCCGACUCACUCGAUAUCGUGAAGUGGGUUCGAAGGAAGAUCAACAUAACAAAUGGAGCAAUUCAAGUUCUAGAUUCUAAGAUAUCAAACACUUUCCAACAAGAGAUGCUAGGAGCUCUAGACAUUGCUAUUCGUUGCACGUCUGUAAUGCCAGAGAAACGGCCAUCAAUGGUCGAAGUUGUUAGAGAACUUGUAUCUCUAAGCUCAAAAGCUCAACUUCCAUGUUCAGAUUUCUCAAUGCAGGAGGAGAAUUCAGUUCCAGUUUGAAUGUUCAACAAUAAAUUACCCUUUUUAUUUUUUUUUUCUCUUUUUGUUUCAUGUCUUUAUAUGUAAAAAAUUGCAACUUGAUUUCACAUAUGAUAUUUUAGCUAUCCUCUGAUUGAGGAAAGAAAAAGUGUUUGAAUGGAAUUUUCUGUUCUAAGUUUGGAUUUUUGGACCAAAUUGGUUGACGGUAAUGCAAGAAAGUUCAUAAGGUUGAUUACA